UUAUAAAUUUGGCAUUGUCGAGCCGUUGUGUCCGUUUUCACCUCGCAAGCACCAAAUUUGGAAGACGUCUUGGGAAGGCAAACGGAGAAACCGGUAGUGGGAGGAAAAACUUUUCUCGAAUCUCGAUCCAUCUGCUUGCUCGAGAGGGUUGAUCUAGAGGUUUGAUCGGACAAGAAGACUUAUGGCGAAUAGGAUAGAUAACGAGUACGAUUACUUGUUCAAGAUCGUGUUGAUCGGCGAUUCGGGCGUUGGAAAGUCAAACAUUCUCUCGAGAUUUACCAGGAACGAAUUCUGUCUCGAAUCCAAAUCAACCAUCGGAGUCGAGUUCGCCACCAGGACACUGCAGGUGGAAGGCAAGACAGUGAAGGCCCAGAUUUGGGACACGGCAGGGCAAGAACGCUACCGAGCAAUAACCAGCGCUUACUACAGAGGCGCGGUCGGAGCUCUCCUCGUCUACGACAUAACCAAGAGACAGACCUUCGAGAAUGUCCCGAGAUGGUUACGCGAACUCAGGGACCAUGCCGAUUCCAACAUUGUCAUAAUGAUGGCCGGAAAUAAAUCCGAUCUGAACCACCUCAGGUCCAUCUCUGACGAGGACGGCCGGUCUCUGGCUGAGAAGGAAGGUUUGUCUUUCCUCGAGACUUCUGCCUUGGAAGCAAGCAACAUCGAGAAGGCGUUCCAGUCCAUUUUGUCCGAGAUUUAUCACAUCGUUAGCAAGAAAGCUUUGGCAGCUCAGGAAGCGGCCGGCAGCAUGGCAGUUCCUGGCCAAGGAACUGCCAUCAACAUUUCAGACACGUACGCAACCAACAGAAGAGGAUGCUGUUCUACCUAGUCCACAUUAUAUCAGAAACAAGAUUUCAUGUCUUGUCUCCUGAAUACCCUUUUUCGCUCUCUCCCUUUAUUUGAAUCAGUUGUAACGAAAACUGCGAUCACAAUCGCACCAUUUCUCGAGACCUUAACGAUUUUUUGUAGUCUCAAAACGCUACCCAUUUUAUUGUUCUAUCUAAAACCUUU